AUGCCGAUUUAUUCAGAGCUUGCCAACUGGGACGGCUCUCUCGACCGUCACUAUCGCCAGCGCACCCCUCCAUCACCACCACCAUCACUACCACCAGCGGCAUUGGCAACAACGGCGCCGUCAGCUGCGACAACGACGAUAACGCUUCCUCUUCCUCUCCGCCUACCCCCCUCUUCUCAUCAACACACGAGCAAUACACGCCCUGCGCCCGCCAUGCAUGACCGUGACAGCACCGACGUCGCCGCGAUGCUCCUGUCGUACGAGUCAGAUUCAGAGGUGCCGAGCUCAAUCUCAGCAGAGCGUGUCUCAUCCGAUCCAGACAAAUCCGCCCCUGCAGUUAAACAGAGUCCGUACGUUCCCGGCGCAGACGCAGUUGCCGUGCCCGAACUAUUCAAUCAUCCCCUGUCGAACUCGUUACCUACCGCGGACAACGAUACGAAUAUGACUGCGUCUGUCUACGCGCGGUCGAAGACCAUCGCAUCGGUGCCAGACACGUCCGUGCAGAUGCACAGUCCGAUGUCCAAUCCUCACCCUCGCGCCGUGCUCCAAGCCUCUCCGCAGAGCGAAUUUCGUCCGGGUAACAACAUGCCCCGUGGACUCUCCGGCCCACACAGGCCGACCUAUGUCCACCAGCGAUCUUCGUCAGAGGUCCGGCACCUCAUAGAGCUACCUGACGCUCUAUCACCCGCUCCCCAGGCGUCUCCCUCGCGCGCGCGAUCGCAAUACAAUACUACGUCACUGACUUCCACGUCUCAGGCCGUCGUCACGACGCGUCUGCCCUCCGACACGUACUCCCCCGGUUCCCUUUCCGUCACAGCGGAUGUCCUAGUGGCAUCCACCCCUGCUCUCCACGAUGUCGCGAGCGCGAGCCAAAUCCGUCGGGAGGAGCUUCAGGACAGCGAGCAGGUUGCAGAUCUGGAGUAUCCGUCAUUCGACCAAGAAUGGGCGUUCGGCGCACAACCUGACGCGCCGGGCGACAUCGUCAUGGCAGGGCCGGACGAUGUCCAUAGAGUGCAGACGCCGACACCAGCGACCUGUUCGUUGGACCAACUCCCUGCACCAUUCGCGUCGCUCGCUAGCCCUGCCGCGCACUCGGACGAUGGCACGGCCGACAUGCAGCUGUCGGACGACCCUGAUGAGGCUGCCGAUGCGGAGGACGCCGCGGUCGCGUUCAUCGACGCUGCCGUGCACUUUCUCGUCCCACACACCUCGGAGCGAGGUGCGGUCGGUUACGAAGAUGGAGGUGUGGAUGCGGGUGUGGUUUCGGAGUCAAAACAUUCGGGUGGGUCGCGGCAGGAUGCAGGCGCCCAGGAGGUCGAUGAGCAGACACUGUCGGAGCGGCGGUCAGCGCUGGAAGAUCCAACUAGCAAUGUGUUGGUGGAAGCGCCGCACGGCCACAUUAUGGAGGCGGAGAAUAUUCUGAUGGAGAUUUCGACAGCUACCACCGAGGAUGCCGACAAUAUUGCAAUGGAAAUUUCGACAGCUACCGACGAGCGUCGUACACCGAAUAUCGAUAGUGACGAUGAUUCAAUACCGGAUGUGGCUCAAAAUUCUACGGAAGUGCAAGGGGUGAGCUCUGAACCCAUCUUCCCCAAGUCCAGCUUCGCGGAAAUGGACGUAUCGGUGCCGAUAGAAUCUGAGGACAUGUUGUCGCCGGUGCACGUCGUCUCUCCACACAAUCCGCAGCCACUUGGCUUUUUCCUUGGUGCAGGCUCGUCGAACAACACAGCGAGCUCAAUCGUGCGCGAUCUACCGAUCUUAUCCUAUGACGUGGACGCCGCGGACUUGAUCGUGGACGAGAUUUCAUCUGCAGGAUGCGACCCUACAGACGCGCUAGUCACUGAAGAUGCAGUACGAGACUCAGACAUGUCGAUUAACCGUGCGGGCGUUGCGCCAAUAAGCGCAGUUCACGGAUCUGUACCGCAAACACCUCCGGCGACACGCAUCCUACCAUGCUCACUAAGUCCGCUCAGCACCUUGGAAAGCUCUCCUCCCGUGCCAUUGGUGGUUCCAACCCGUCAGCCCACUCGCACGAAUCGUGCAUAUGUGUUCGUCCCACCUCUGCCACCUGGCGUGACCAAGGAAUCGUACAAGUCGGCGUCCGAGUUCGCAUUCCUCCAGGCUGCUACUACUCCUGCCCCGGUACCACCAGCGUCUGCAUCAGCCUCGGCACCCCCGCUGAAACGCAAGCGCGGCUGCCCGUCUAACUCACAGGCGCAGCGCAAAAAGCCAAGGGCCGAAGCUCCCCACCGCCCCGCAGACUUCCACGUCGAUGUUUUUGCUACGCUGGUCCCAAACUACCAGAUUAAUGUCGAGGAUGAGAUCUACUCGACGCCUGGCGGCGUCUGUGUCGCGCUUCGGCAUCUGCAUAAAGACAUCAGCAUGGUCCUCAGUAGCAUGCAGCUGCGCGAGCCCGCUGCAUCGCCCAUGCGGAAAGCACCCGCCGACGCGGAUCGCGGGUGCGAGAGCUUAUUUGACGAAGAACGUCUUCCCGCUGUUUCCUCAGGGGUGCCCACGCCCGGUAUCACUCCUGACACCGCGAACGCGAGCACCCCACAGAGCCGGCUCACCUCGCCCAUGCUGCCGCCGGCGCCAAACGCCGUGGGCAACACGGUGCCGCUUGGCGGGCUCAGCUUUGACCUCCAUGAGAAGACGCGCGACGCCCAGAACGACAUGCUGUUUCACCCUGGCCCCAUCGAUGCGUUCCCCGACAGCUUCCUCGGCUUCAGCUCUGGCACCGUCGGGCCAUGGAUGCUCGGCGGGGCGUCACACGAUGUGGACAUGGACAUGAGUCCGGACGCGGAUCAUGGAUUUGGAUUCGGGGACGGUACGAUCGACCCGUCGCUGCUCGGUGCCCCGCCCAUGCCUCCGUUCGAGGUCCAGCACUAUUCACCCAGCAGUACGCCGUCUCCGCCUCCGGCUGCGCAUCGGCGCCUUGAGGUGUCUAUGAGUCCUGUUGCGGGGCCGUCCCGUCUCCCUGCGAGGGACAAGGCCAAGGCACCCAGCGCCCGAACUCGCCCGAAGCCUCCUUCAGAGAAUUCAUGGGCCUCCGAGCACGAGCUCGAUGUGAUUGUGGUGGUGGAUUCCUUGGACGACGAGUACAAGCCGGCACGAGAUGUGAAACCCAAAACCAGUGCGAAGGCCAAGUCUCCCUUGAAGCCCAAGGCGCCACCAAAUCCGAAGCCCAAAGCUCCGCCGCGGCCGAAGCCUCAUGUCGUUUUCGAGAUGAUCCCUAGCAAGUCAAUAUUCGAUGAGGAGAUCGUGUCUGGGAAACGCGUGCGGAAACCCAGUGCCCGUGUCCUCGCCACGCAGUCGAUAAGCCCUGCGCCUGCCUCUUUGUCUUCGCUCUCGUCGCUCGACUCGGACAACGACGAUGCGGGCCAGCCGAAGCAGGUAAUCACACGCGUAGGGCCUCUCAUAGAUGCGGCGAUCACCCGCGUAGGGCCCCCCGUAAACGCGGCGAGAACAACGAUUACCUGUCACCAUUGCCGGCGUAGCGCGCCCCAUCCAAAAAUGCGAUGUACUGCUAUUCGGAACGACCAAGUGUGCGGAUCGUUGUACUGCCAUGUGUGCAUCUCUAAACGAUACCCCGAGAUCAUCUUUGACGCCGACGCUGUGUCCUUCACCUGCCCGCGUUGCCUGGACAUGUGCAACUGCGACGUGUGCUGCAGGAAGCGCGGCGUGCCAUACGUCUCUGCCCGGCGCGGGCCCGCCAGAGCAGGUUUCACAGACGCGGAUGGCGCACCCGCUCCCGCGCGGGUGUUGACGCCGACGCCGACUCCCCCGCCCGAAUACAAGUGGACGGCGCCGCAGGGCGCGUUCUGGGGGACGGUGUACGGCAUGCACGGCGAGCGCGUCGGGCCCGGUUUCCUCGGCAACAGCAGCGGGAUCGUCUUGGGCCCCUCGGCCGCGUCUCGAGCCCCAUCGGGUCGUCGUAGAGUAUACGUUGGGAAGCCGCAGCCUCACUGGCGUUUGCUGCCCAAGUCGGAUUCUGAUGCAGGGGUCGUCUCACCGGGAGUGCGCGCGUAUGUGGGGGACGUGACCGCACUCAGGCUGCGCGGAGGCCACCGCUCAUGCUCGCCGUGGCACGAGGGUGUCGGGAACGUGGAGUUGUUGGGGGACGCGGGUCAUGCGAUGAUGGAGGGGAAUGACGGGGUCGAUGCGGAUGCGGAUGCGGUAGGGGAGGUGGAUAUACAGGCUGUCGGGGAUGACAUUGGGUUUGUUAUUGCUGAGGCGCUUCAUUUAGCUAAAACAGCUACCAUGGGAUGA